CGUCACUGUAUGUUGACGUGUGGCUACAGAGAGCUGCUGUGUCGUUAGCCAGACAGCAGAACAGCCGCUUCACCAAGUUACUGACAGCGGGCUGUUUGUGCAAACACACAAACCUUUAACAAUGGCGGCCGACUGGGAGGAAAUUCGACGGCUUGCCGCUGACUUCCAGCGGGCACAGUUCGCUGACACAGUGCAGAGGCUGUCGGAGAGGAACUGCAUUGAAAUAAUUUCCAAACUGGUCCAGGACAAGAAGCUGGAUGUGUUGCACACGCUGGACGGGAAGGAGUACAUCACUCCGGCACAAAUCAGCAGAGAGAUCCGAGAUGAGCUCUACGUCCACGGAGGGAGAAUCAACAUUGUGGACCUCCAGCAGAUCAUCAAUGUGGAUUGGGUCCACGUUGAAAAUAGAGCAAGUGACAUUGCAAAGUCUGAUAAAGGGGUCCAACUUGUCCUGGGACAACUCAUUGAUGACACGUACCUGGACCGUUUGGCUGAGGAGGUGAAUGACAAGCUGCAGGAGGCUGGUUUGAUCAGUAUUGCUGAACUGUGUAAAAACUACGACCUUCCAGGAGACUUCUUGUCCGAGGAGCUGUCGAAGCGUCUCGGCAAGCUUAUCCAAGGAGAGAUGGACCAGUACAACAGGGGCGUCAUAUUCACUCCAGCUUUUGUUGCUCGUCAUAAAGCCAGGAUCCGAGGGCUUUUCAGCGCCAUCACGAGGCCGACACCUGUCAGCAGCAUGAUUGGAGCGUUUGGAUUUCAGGAACAUCUUCUGUACUCUGUCCUGGAGGAGCUGGUGAACACUGGACGUCUUAAAGGAAGCGUGGUUGGAGGUCGGCAGGACAAAGCUGUGUACAUCCCAGAUAUUUACGCUAAAACACAGAACACCUGGGUGGACUCUUUCCUCCAGCAGAACGGAUAUUUAGAGUUCGAUGCGUUGGUCAGAUUGGGGAUCCCUGACCCCUCCAGCUACAUUAAGAAGCGCUUCAAGUCCAACAAGCUGCUGUUCCUCAGAGCAGCCUGUGUGGGUCAGGCUUUGGUGGACCAGGUGGAGGCCUCUGUGGAGGAAGCGGUCAACUCUGACACAUGGACUGACAUACAGCCGAUUUUGCCCAGCUGCCUGUCGAUGGAGGAUGUUGGGAUCUUGAUCAACCAGGCUAUGAGAAACACUAACGUCCAGUCCUCCGCCAGAGUGCUGGGAGGCACCGUGGUCGUCAGUGAGAAGUUCAUCAGCAACUGCCUCUCUGUAUUUGAUGAGGCCAUGCAGCAGAAAGCUCAGAAGGAAGUCAAGAACAAUCCAGUGUUUCUGAUAUCUGAAGAUGAUAUGAAGCAAGCGUCCAUGCUGACUGAGAGCUUAGCACCUUCCAAAAAGGAAAAGAGAGAAGCAGAGCGCAGAAAGAAGGCUUCAGAUGAGACCCAGGUCCACAUUUCCAAGCACGUCCUGAAGACCCUGUGCACAGAUGUCACCAAUAUCCUGGUCAACUUCCUGGCUGCUGACCUGAUGAUGUCUGUGGAGAAUCCCAGCACCAUCAGCAAUGAGGUCAGAGUGAAGAUUUUGGGCAAACUGUCAGAGGAUACCAAAGGACCUCUCAUGAAGCUGCACAACUGCCUUAACGGCAAAACUAUUGAAGACUUCCUGACCAACAUAGAGACCUGUGCAGAGGUGUGUGGCUUCAUGCUGAAGAAGGGAGACAAGAAAAGGGAGAGACAGGCCCUGUUUCUGCACCGUCAGGCUCUCACUGAGCAGCUGAAGGACACGGAGGAUCCAGCUCUGGUCCUGCACCUGACCAGCGUGCUGCUGUUUCAGGCCAGCACCCACUGCAUGCUGCACGCUCCCGGACGCUGCGUGCCUCAGAUCAUCGGCACCCUCACGGGCCGAAUACCCACG